UUUAAAGCAAAUAAUGACUUUCCUACCACUCAUCUCCAACUUGAAUAUUGCUACUUGCAGACCCACCUGUUUGUUUUUUCAUGUCUUCAUCUCCUUCCUUCUUUUUCUUUCUCAUGGAUUCAUUGCUGAAGCUGACAAAGUAACUAUACAAAUCGGUGCCAUCAUUGAUGUUGAUUCUCGUAUCGGCAAAGAACAAAAGAUGGUCAUGAAAAUAGCACUUCACAACUUCAACAAGAAGUUCAAACUUCACAAGCUCUCUCUUCAUUUUCGAAAUUCUGGCACUGACCCCAUCCGAUCAGCUCAUGCUGCUGAAAAGCUGAUUAAGGAGAAACAAGUCCAAGUGAUUAUGGGCAUGGAGACAUGGGAGGAAGCCGCUUUAGUGGCAGACAUCGGAUCCCGAGCUCAAGUCCCAGUUCUCUCAUUUGCAUCCGCUGCUAUUACACCUCCAUUGAUGAAACUUCGAUGGCCUUUCUUGGUGCAAAUGGUUACUGAUGACUCCGAACAAAUGAAUUGCAUUGCAGCUGUUGUUCAAUCCUUCACUCGGCAAAGUGUUGUAGCCAUCUACGAAGAAGACAUCCACGGUGGUGAUCCCGGGAAGCUAACCCUGUUGUCCAAGGCCCUUAAAAAUGUUGGCUCGGAUAUAGACUAUCAUCUGGUGCUUCCACCAUUUUCUGAUCUAUCAAAUCCUCAGCAGUCCAUAAAUAAGGAGCUGUCUAAGUUAGAAAGCACCACAAAAUCUAGGGUGUUUAUUUUUCUACAGUCAUCAUUACCGCUGACAAAUCUUUUGUUCAGUGAAGCGAAGAAGAUGAGCUUUAUGCGAAAGGACUCGGUGUGGAUAAUUGCAGACACCACCAGAAGCCUUCUGAAUUCUGUCAGCCCUCCUGUUGUCUCUGCCAUGGAAGGUACUCUUGGAAUCAACCCCUACUAUUCUGAAAAUAGCAGUUCUUUCAAACACUUUCAUGAGCAGUUUCAGCAAAAUUUCCAAUUAUAUUAUCCUGAGGAAGAUAACACUGAGCCUGGAAUUCAUGCGCUACGAGCUUAUGAUAGCAUUAUGACUAUUGUACAGGCGAUAGUGAAAUCAGCUGGUAAAAUGAAUUCCUCAAAAAUGUUGGAAAGUAUUUUAUCAAGCAACUUCACAGGUUUAAGUGGAGAAUUGCGAUUUGAAGUGGGAAGACUUUCAAGCUCCCAAAAAUUUAGUAUAGUGAACAUUGGCAAUCAGGAAAACAAUAACCUUGGCUUUUGGUCAUCAGAGUUAGGGUUCUCAGAUAGCCCUAGUACCACUAAAAUUUUGGCUGGUUUCGCGGAGGUGUUGAGGCCAAUGAAUAUUGCAGUUCCUGGUAUAGUCUCUUUUAAGGAAUUCCUCAGCCGAGAUGAGAAGGGGUUUACUGGUUUUUGUAUCAGUGUUUAUGAGGAGGUGAAAAGGAUUUUGGAGGACGAGGAUCAUAUAUAUGAUCUACCGUCUACUACUGAAUUUCAACGGUACAAUGGAAGCUACAAUGAUUUGAUUGAAUCGGUUCAUAACAAGACUUAUGCUGCUGCUGUUGGUGACAUAACGAUAACAACUAGGCGUUGGGACCAAGUGGAAUUUACAGUACCUUUUAUCGAGUCAGGUUUGCUUAUAGUAGUUCCAGUGAAGAAAGCUUCGAAAGCAUGGUUGUUUCUGAAGCCUUUCACCAUGAAAAUGUGGGUGGCAACGGGGGCAAUCUUCUUCUCCACAAUGUUCAUAGUUUGGUUCUUGGAGCAACGUUCCAAUCAAGAAUUAAUUAGUGGCCAAUGGAAGGAACAACUUGGCAAUGUGCUUUGGUUCACCUUCUCUACUCUGUUCUUUGCUCACAGGGAGAAGAUUAAAAGUAACUAUACUCGAACCGUGAUCGUGGUGUGGCUUUUUGUGGUGUUGAUCUUAAUAGAAAGCUACGCUGCGAGCCUCACUUCAAUGCUCACCUUCUCAAGACUCCAGUCACCAGUGAGAGAUAUCGAGUGGAUAAAGACAACAAAUGCAACAGUGGGGUGCGAUGGUGCUGCAUUUGUUAGGAAGUACUUGGAGGAUGAUCAGCUUUUUAAACCAGGGAACAUCAUCGACAUCGGCAGCGAAAGUGAGUUCCAUACUGCAUUCAAGAAUGGCAGGAUUCAAGCAGCAGUUCUUGAAGUUCCUUAUGCCAGAGUUUUUGUCAACAAACACUGCAACCAGUAUGCGUAUGGCAAUGGAUCAUUCACCAGAAGAUUUGGAGGAUUCGGCUUUGUCUUUCAAAAAGGUUCUACAUUAGCUGCUAAUGUUUCUAAAGCCAUUCUUAAACUAUCAGAAAAUGGGAAGAUAAAAGAAUUAGAGAAACAGUUGUUUACUCCCUCCUCGGAGUGUUUGAAGUCUCGAACUAUCGAAGAAAAUGAUAGCUUGAACAUUGAGGACUUCUUAGGCCUCUAUGUAAUCUAUGCAGCCACUUCCACCAUUUGCUUUCUACUAUAUUUAUUGAAAAGGAAAAUUAAGCGAACUCCAGAGAGCGCUGGUGAGAUUCAAAUGACUUAACCACCUAAUUUAUAUUGGUCAAGUAGAAAAUAGAAAGAAAAGAAAAGAAAAAAAAAACACUAACAUAGCGAUUUCUUUUGUAUAAUUGUAUAAAUGGUUCUUAUUUCAUUUAUAAAUGAUCACUUUCUAUAAUGAAUUGCUGAAAUUUAACCAAUGGAAUGAAUUCUUGGUCUUACGUCAUUUCCAUUUAAAUAAUCUUGCCGACUUAUUUAAUUAAU